AUGGCCAAGAAGCGGAUUGCAGUGAUUGGAGCUGGAAUUAGUGGGCUGGGUGCCAUCAAAUGCUGCUUGGAGGAAGAUUUGGAGCCCACCUGUUUUGAAAGAAAUGAUGAUAUUGGAGGUCUCUGGAAAUUUCAAAGAAAUACUUCAGAGAAAAUGCCUAGCAUCUACAAAUCUGUGACCAUCAAUACUUCCAAGGAGAUGAUGUGCUUCAGUGACUUCCCUAUACCUGAUCAUUUUCCCAACUACAUGCACAACUCCAAAGUCAUGGACUACUUUAAGAUGUAUGCCAAACACUUUGACCUCUUGAGCUACAUCCGUUUUAAGACCGAAGUGAGGAGUGUUAGAAAGCAUCCAGAUUUUUCUUUCAGUGGACAAUGGGAUGUUAUUGUGGAGAGUGAUGGGAAACAGGAGACUCUGGUCUUUGAUGGGAUCUUGGUGUGCAGUGGGCAUCACACGGACCCUUACUUACCACUUCAGUCCUUCCCAGGCAUUGAAAAAUUUAAAGGCUAUUAUUUUCACAGUCGGGAAUACAAAAGUCCUGAGGAGUUUUCAGAAAAGAGAAUCAUUGUGGUUGGCAUUGGGAAUUCUGGAGUGGAUAUUGCCGUGGAGCUGAGUCAUGUAGCCAAACAGGUAUUUCUCAGUACUAGGCGAGGAUCAUGGAUCUUACAUCGUGUUUGGGAUAAUGGGUAUCCCAUGGAUAGUUUACUUUUCACUCGGUUCAAUACUUUCCUCAAGAAGAUAAUAACUACCGCCUCAACAAAUAACCACCUAGAAAAGAUCCUGAACUCACGAUUCAAUCAUGCACUCUACGGCCUGCAGCCUCAGCACAGGUGA